UGGACUCGGGGGGUGGCCGGGGCCUAAAAGCCUUUCUGCUUGUGCUGCGGCUACGUCUCGCCGGCAACCCGAGCCUGGCGUACGGGAGCCCUAAGCCAGUGACUUUUUGGCCAACCCUUCUCGUCGUCGCCCGUCGGCCGGCUCUUAAGGAUUCGUCCCACCCGGUUUUGCCUCUCCACAGCCUCGACCGGCACUGGAUGGCUCCUUCCAUGCUUAGAUGGCUCCUUCCAUGUACUUGGGUGUAGCCCAAUUUUAGGGACUCACAGAGGAGGCCAGUUGCUUGGGAGCUCGUUUCUAAGAGGCAUGUUAGUUUAACUUGCCACCACUGCUUUCCGAUCAGCGGAAAAAUCCUACUGUCAAAACCAUUGACAGGAAGCGCAACUUGCUUGCACAGAAAUACAAUGUUAGCGAAACAGGUAGCCUAAGAAAUACAAUGGUUCAGCUUUUAUACCUUUCAAGUUAUGUUCCCAAUUCCUUCAGUAUCCGUCAACGACGAGUCCAAGAUCGCCAGGCCAAAUUUCCUCUCUCUAUCAUCAUCGAAAAUCAACCACCAAGCCCCCCAACCCGUGCCUCCAUUGCCAUCUCCACAGCAACACCGCACCCUUCCUCCCAUUUCAAUCUCCAGUGCAGAGAAGACUUACAGGAACUUUUGCCACCUUCUUCAAUCCUUUGUUCCCGUCAGGUCCCUAAGCAAAGGACAACAGAUCCACGCUCAUGCCGUGAAGGCUGGGCUGCAGUCUGUGAUCUUGCUGGCCAAUCAUUUGAUUAAUUUGUAUGCCAAAUGCGACCACAUAGGAGACGCGCAGAAGUUGUUCGACGAAAUGCAUCAACGAGUCCCGGCAACCUGGAGCUCGUUGAUCUCUGGAUAUGCGCAGAACGGGCUUCCGGAGCAUGCGCUUGACUGUUUCCGUGGCAUGCAUCGGGCCCAUAUGUUUGCCAACGAGUACACGCUUGCCAGUGCUGCAAAGGCCUGUGGGGCAGCGGGUGAUGCGUUCCACUAUGGAUGCUCGCUCCAUUCUCUUGCUGUAAAGACUGGGUUCCACUUGAAUGUGUUUGUGGGGAGUGCCUUAGUUGACAUGUACUCCAAGCACGGCGAUGUUGGGAAUGCCCACAGGCUGUUUGAAGACAUGCCUGAGAGGAAUGUUGUGACUUGGAGUGGCAUGAUUGCUGGAUAUGUGCAGAAUGGAUUGGAGGAGGCGGCACUGCUCCUUUUUAAGCAGGUCUUGAAUGAGGAGGGUAUGAGUCCCAAUGAUUUUACCUUCUCAUGUCUAAUCCGUGCCUGUGGGGUCACGACGGCUCUUAGUUUGGGCAUGCAGUUGCAUUCCUUAUGCGUUAAGUCGAGCUUUGACUCAUCAAAUUUCGUAGGCAGUUCACUGGUGGGCCUCUACUCAAAAUGUGGCAUGUUUCAUGAUGCUCGACAAGUGUUUAACGAGAUGCCCGAGAGGAAUGUUGGUGCAUGGAACUCUAUUCUUAUUGCGUGUUCCCAGCAUGGGCAUACUGAGGAAGCUUUUAGAUUGUUGGAUGGAAUGAAAGCAGAAGGUUUCCAGCCAAAUUUCAUUACCUUCCUUUGCAUACUGUCUGCCUGCAGUCACAGGGGGCUGGUUGAUACUGGCGAGUACUUCUUUGGUGUAAUGGAGAGCGUAUUUGGGGUCGAACCAAACCCCGAGCAUUAUACUUGCAUGGUUGAUAUGUAUGCUCGAGCUGGUAGGCUUGAUGAAGCUCUUGGUCUAAUUGACAGAAUGCCCUUCAAAGCAACUGAAUCUGUUUGGGGGGCAUUGCUCGCUGGAUGCCGUAUGCAUGGGGAUACUGAAAGGGCGCAUUUCGCAGCAGAGAAACUCUUCCAGAUGGGGUCAAGGAACUCUGGCACGCAUGUCUUGCUUGUGAAUGCAUAUACAACUGCAGGGAAGUGGAAGGAAGCUGCGUUGGUUAGGAAGGCAAUGAGAGACGAAGGAGUGAAGAAGGAGGUUGGGUUGAGUUGGGUAGCAGUUGGGAACAAAGUUCACACAUUCGUGGCAGAUGAUAAAUCCCACGUGCAAACACCGGAGAUUUAUGCUAAGCUAGAGGAAUUGGACAGUGAAAUUAGGAAAGCUGGUUAUGUUGGUAUCAAGGGGUUCGCAUCAACAGAUGAAGUGAAGGAGAGGGUGGUUGGUUACCACAGUGAGAGGCUAGCAGUUGCAUUUGGGCUUAUCAGUAUCAAAGGUUCAAUGCCUAUAAGGGUGAUGAAAAAUUUGCGGGUGUGCACAGAUUGUCAUGAGGCCAUGAAGUUGGUUUCAAAGUGCACAGACAGGGUAAUUAUACUCAGAGACAACAAUCGUUUCCAUCACUUUGAACAUGGUCUGUGCUCCUGUGGUGAUUACUGGUGAGCGACAUGUAAACUCACAACGAUAUGUGGGUGUACGUAGCAAUUUUGGAGGAACUAACAGAGAUGGUCACUUUAGUCAUUUUCAUCCAUGAGAAUUAUCUGAUGUAAACUUAGCGUCGUGAGCAGCUUCUGAGCCCAUUGUGGUUAGCAAGAGUGAUUAAAGACUGAUCCUCAACUAAUUUUCUUACUGAAACCAAAAAAAACUUGGUCAAGUUAUUUAGUGGACUCAGCCGAUUCGAUGGCUCUACCCUGAAUCGUAUUUUGAGAAACAGAAAACGGCACUGGAUCGUCAGACUUACCAAUUCAAGUUUUGGCUGAAUUGA